AAUCUGAUUUUAUUGUACCGGAGCGGAUUUUGAUUACAUUCUAUGAUCAUCAGCUUACCACGUUGCACCCGAGACGGUCUAAUAAGUGAUAUCAUACCACGCGACCGUCGUAAGAAGUGCAAUUACCACACAGUUCUUUUUUAGUUAUUAAUUUAAUUACUUACAGAAACCGAUUGUUUGACACUUCAUAAUUAUUUUUUAUUAAUUAUUCUCCAAAACAAUAAUUUUUUUCAGUAAUUUAUGUGAUAUCAUUUUUAGCCAUUGUUCUAAUGAAAUAAUACUGGCCAGUAUUAUUUUCAUUUUAGCCCCAGUUAAUAUGUCUCCGUUAACAUGCAAGUAUACCAAAAGGCAAAUGAAACUAAACAUCUUACGACACAAGCAAAAACUGCUACAAGUUUUAACAGAAAUCAAUGACACAGUUAUAGCACCAAACAUAAAAAUAGACGCAAAAGACUUAGAGCAAUUAGAUUUGAGUUAUCCUAAAGAAAUAAAAAAAGAAAUUAAAGAAGAAACAACCACCAUUAAAGUGGAAUGUAUCGAUAGUAGCUGUAGUAGUAUAUCAGAUUUGUCUGAGAUAAAAUGUAAUAAUAAAACUGACUUAUCCAGCAAAGUUCAUAGUAGUUCAAACAAUUCUUUAACUAGAAGAUCGAUACGUUUAAUCGCUGCGGAACAAGGUCACAAAUAUAAGUCAGACAGCUGUAAAUCUAAUGAUUCUUUAAACAAUCAAUACAUGUACGAAUCGGAUGGAAUUGUGGAUAUUGAAUCAGUGACUGAUUGCCUCAAAGAAACAUUGAUUUCACUUCAUGGUUCACAGUCUGCUACAAAAUUUCCACAAAACGACUCAAAAAGAUAUCGAUCGCCCAACAAUAGGUCCGAGCACAAUGCCAAGGAACGAAUGUGCCGAGAACUUAUAGCUAAUCUGUUUUCCGAACUUAGUAAGUUGUGUAGCUACCUGGAGUGCAAUCGACGUAUCCCGUCUAAACAUAGUAUACUUUUGGCGGCUAAAAAAGAAUGUGAUUUGUUGGCACUUUAUGAAAAAAGACUGAUACUAGAAAAAGAAAAACGCCAGAAUUUGAAUUAUGUCCUAUUAAAAAAGUUGGCUUACUUACAAAACCGUGUUUCCUAGUAAAAUUUGAUUUGUAUAGUAUUAUUAUUUAUAUUUAUAGAAGGCCAUGAUCAAUUUUAAUUGACAUCAUUUUAUUUUACUAAAUUAACAUUUAUUAUAAUAUAUAAUUUAGGUAAUACAUUUUUUUAAUUUUAACCGAAAAAAAAACAUAAAAUUUUGUUUAUAUAUUAUGUUCAAAAGAAUAUCGAGCA